AUGGCGUCUCCAUCGGAUCCUUUACUCCGCCAGCAUAGUUCCAGAUAUCACCGCCAGCGACGGCGAUAUCUGCCAGGAGAAGAAGACGAACAAGAAGAGCCCCUCAUCGCACGGUGGAGGCGAGCCGCGCGGGACUUCUUAUCGUCGCGACGGGGUCAUUAUCUCGUCCUGCUGCUGGUGUCCAUCGAUGUCGCUUGUACCUUUGCCGAUUUUCUCAUCGAGUUACAUGUCUGCGAGUUAACGAAACAUGGUUCCCACGUAGCAGCCGGGUGGGGAGUCACUCAGGAGGUACUCGCGAUCGUCGGAUUGGUCUUUUCGUGUCUCUUCAUGCUGGAACUGAUGGUUACUAUAUUCAGCUUUGGAAAGGGCUACUUCUCGUCCAAGUUCCACGUCUUUGACGCGCUUGUGAUUGUUAUCGCAUUCGGUGUCGACGUUGCUCUCCAUGGCAUAGAGGAAGAACUGGGGUCUCUGAUCGUGGUACUUCGAUUAUGGCGUGUGUUCAAGAUCAUCGAAGAACUAGAGUCAGCCAAUGAAGACGCGCUGGAGGAGUAUGAGCACGAGAUCGAGAGGCUGCGCCAGGAGAAUACAUAUCUUCGCCAGAGACUCAACGUGUCUUUCGAUGAUGCUGACCCGAUGGAUUAG